UUCUGCACUUCACUUCUCUUAAAGCCUCCUAUCUCUUUAUAAAAUGACGAACAACAAUGUAACAGAAAACUGCAGUACAUCUCAUUUUAGAUACCCGCUUUUCACUUCCACAUACAGCGUGGUACUGCUAUUCGGUUUACCUCUGAAUUCUGUGUCUCUGUGGAUACUGAUAUGUCGGAACGGCUUGAGGAAAUCUGUUCCGGUGAUCUACAUGGCCAACCUGGCCUUAUCGGACCUGCUUUUCACACUUUCCCUUCCCUUUCGGAUACUUUACUUUGCCACUGGACGGUGGACGCUGGGAAACACGCUAUGCAUGAUUCCAGGGACACUCUUUGCUGUCAACCUCUACUCUAGCUCCUUGUUCAUCACUCUGAUCAGUGUUGACAGGAUGCUGGCCGUGGUUUACCCGAUUCGAUCUCGUCCGUUGAGGACAGCACCAGUGGCCUGGGUGCUGUGCGUGACCGUGUGGCUGCUUAUUGCUGGAUUGGCAGUGCCAACGGCCAUGAAUCACCCUCAAAAUGUGGAUAAAGGCUGUCACAUAACGCGUUGUUUUGAGAAAUACUCAGACAAUGCGUGGAAGAAUGGUUUCUACAUCCUCUGCUGUGUCACUUUAUUUGGCAUUGCAGUCCCGUUUGCCAUCAUCCUGGGAUGCACUGUGGCCGUCGUACGACAGUUGAAAGGAUACAGCAUGGCAUAUUCAUCGUGCAACACCGAGCUGAGCAAAAACAAGAUUGUGAAGCUGUUUCUGUCCAAUCUGCUCAUAUAUGCAGUUUGUUUUAUACCCUUUCACGUCGCCUUUAUCCUCUAUGGCCUGAACAAACUUGACCAUUUAAAUGGAGAAAAUGUACGUGGCAUUUAUUUUGACUUGCAAACUGUUACAAUGUGUAUGGCCAGCACAAACAGCUGCCUCGACCCCUUGAUCUACUAUUUUAGCUCAAAGAAACUUAGUAGGGGUAGAUGUGACUCUUCGUCAAAAAGUGUCGCUCUUGGACUGGUCCAGAGCACAAGUUGGACUGGCCAGUAAUUGAAAGAUUAAAACCCCAAAGGACCAACAUAACGUCAAGUGCUUCUGUUGUUGAUAUUAUUACGUUCUUUGUGUGAGAGGAAAUGGUCAUGCAAAACACUAAGAUAUCAGUUAAGAGCUGAUUUGUGAGAAUUUCACCCCUCUCUGCUUAUGUACAUGGCAUGAAAAUUGCUCUCUAUAAUUCUGAUUAGCUCUGAAGUCCUCUGUAAACCUUACUUCCUAACAUGCAUUAAUCUCUUUUAUUGCAGAACAGUACUGUUUUAUACUAAACUCUCUUUGUUUGAAAUGUUUCUUAUUAUUAGCAAAGCAUCUUGCAUCUAUUAUUCAGCAUUAGAAUUAACAGCUCAAUGCACAUGUUUUAUUAGACUUGUUUUAUCUUUAAGGUGUAAACUUUGUAACUUUUCAGUAACUUUGGUUACUGAAACGUGGUCAUGUUACAUUUCGCAUGGACAUUUUGCAAUCAGAUUGCAUAUAGCUUUUGCAACGCAUUAAUUUCCUGUUGCUGAACUGGCUGAGAAUGGCACUUGUACACAACCACAAAAAAAGAACUGGUUGCUGUGGUUGCCAGGGUGGCACUGUAAAAUAUUCUGUUCAAUUUACAGAAAAAAAAAAUAAAAUUCAUAAAUCUGCUUUUAACUUUAUAAGGUAUUGUUACUCAGAAAUUACA